AUGUCUAAAUACAAAGAUAUCAUGAAAAAUGGGUGGCACCCUGAAAAGUCGGGUACUACUUUCAAAGGCCAAGUUAAGGGUCUUGUUGGGAGAGGAGACAAGGCCGAUGAUAGGGACAGAAGUAACCAUGUCUCUGUUCCUGUGUCACAGCUAAAGGAUCCCUCAAGCUUUGCUCCACCUCCUAAGCGUACUGGUUCGGGUCUCAUUCCAGCAGCUCCUAGGACCGACUCAUCAGCAACCCGAAAGGUCGGUGCCGCUCCGUCGAGAUAUCAGGACCCAUAUGGCGAGUCCCAAGAACAAAUAGAGGAACCACCACAACCACGCGGUCCAUAUCGUACAGACACUACGGGACUGUCAACGGAUAACCUGCCCAAGCCGCCUGGAAGAAGAGACGGCGCUGAUGGACGUUCACCACAGCCGCCAUCAUACCAGUCCGCCAUGACUGGCGUAGGAGGAGGCAGAGCCGCACCUCCUAGUCUACCACCACGUCUUCCCCCAAGGACCAACUCAGCGAGCACAGUAGGGAGCUCACCCGCUGCUAGUCCAGCCCCCACUGGGAAUGGACUCUUGAAUCAAGGAGCAGCGAACCGCCUUGGUGCUGCAGGCAUCAAUGUUCCUGGCUUCGGCAUUGGUCGCUCCAGUCCUGCAGCUGCUGCAUCUCCAAGUCCUCCCCCGCCUCCACGUCCCGGUGUCGCUUCAGCCCCUCCGACGGAGACUCCGUCACAUAUGAGUGAACUGCAGAACCGAUUCUCCAAGCUCGGGACGCCUUCAUCCAACGCCAACGCAGCAGCAACUCCACCUCCCAGCGAGGGGACAACGUGGGCCCAGAAGCAAGCCGCUUUCAAGACUGCCUCAUCGUUCCAAAAGGAUCCUUCUUCGGUCUCGUUUUCAGAUGCCCGAGCAGCCGCCAGCACAGCCAAUAAUUUCCGUCAGCGUCACGGCGAACAAGUCGCUGCUGGGGCCAAGGCAGCAAAUAAUCUCAACCAAAAAUACGGUCUUUUGGACAAGGCCCAGAACUCCUACGCCAAAGUCCAGGGUGCUCAGGGUCAGGGUCAGAAUCAGGAUCAGGGUGCUGGAGUUCCAUCUACAGGCCUAGCAAGCGUGGCUGGAAAGAAGAAGCCGCCUCCGCCCCCGCCAAAGAAGAAGCCGGCCCUCAUGAGUGCGCAAGCUCCUCCCGCUGAUGAUGAACCGCCGCCGAUCCCCAUGGCAACAAGACCGCAAUUCUAA